UGGUGUUGUUCAACGGUACUGUGUUUGUAGCAUUGUAGAAAGUACUAUUGUGCACUAACAAAUGUUAUUUUAUUAUGCCUUUAAGCUAUUUAAAGGGUGUCACAUCCUCCUGAACGUUUUUUCCGUUUGUUUUAACAAUCCGUUGUAGUCCAACGCCAGUUAGCAGGGAAGCGUUAGCUAACAUAAGCUUUGGUUUGUUGUUGACAGUCGGCGGUACCUACGACCGAAGGAAACAGUCUGAACACUAUUGAAAUUCAAAUCACAAUUUUCUUGCAUUAUAUAGUAUCCAAUAAAAACACAGUUUGUGUUAUGUAUGGCUGCAUACUAUAUUUUAAGAUUGUCUCACCUAUUGAAGAAAGGACUGCCUAAGAAACACGUCUGGACAAAACCAAAUAACACCUCGUUCGUGGUGUCAGCUCAAGUUGUAUUAAUGACAGCACUGACAAACUGUGAACCUUUAGCAAAGCGGCUUAAGGUUGAAAUCAGUGCCCCGACGUCCCCUUCAUCUUCUCUGACAGCCCCAUCGUCAUGUAUUCAGAGCAGAGAUGACACAGUCAAUCAAGAAAGGAGGCAACAUGACACGGAGAAGAAGAUGGAUAUGCGACCAAAGACUGGAGCAGAUAGUUUGCGAGGUGUAAAGACAAAAGGUGACCGUCAAAAAAUCUGCCCCAAACCACAACAGAAGGCCACAAAUACUCUUUUACAAUGGCUGGGUAAGCACCAAAAACAACCGAGUACACAUGAAGCAUGCCAAAUCAAAGAGGAUGUAGAGAUGGCUGGCGACUGUGGCUUUCAAAGCACUUCAGCUCAGGUUAUGGACUGCCAAAAUGCUGAAAAUCCCACCUUGUCUGACGACGACGAAGAAACCCAACCUUUGACACCUCAAGAGCUGUAUGAAGAAACACCUGUAUCACCACCUUCCAAUGAUUCUGCAGGAGGGAUGUCAUCAACAGGUUUACCUGUGAGAAGUUGCAGGCCAGACACGGCUCCAGAGGAUGCAGACGAGGACACCUCCGCUGUUGUCAAGCCAAAGGUCAAAUGGCUCGGGACGCCAAUCAAUGACCUUAAGAGAAUGCCUGAAUGUGGAGGACUGCUUCCUCCACUGAGGAAUGCUCCUGGCCACCACACUGUGAUGAUACAGACAGACCUUCUUGAGAGUGGUAAAGUCUGUGUCCCAUAUCCUGCUACAUUUGAGGAUACUUGGGAUGAUGUCCAUGUCAAGAUGCCCUGUUCCAGUUGGAACCUAUUUCCUGUAUAUGAUGAGAUAACACAAGAGCAUCAGAAUAAAAGUCGGUGGGAGUUGAUCGAGGAUAAUUUAAACAACACAUUUUCAAGUCAACACGAUUUGAAGAAUGCAAUAUUGAAAUACAGUGCCUCACAAGCCAAGAAAUGGGACUUCACCGCAUUCCGUUUGUAUUGCACCACGGUCCUGGAGCCUGAUGACGCUGAACAUCUGUUUGGCUCCCUGCUGCCAGACAUGGUGCAAUUAGCACUGCGAGCAUCUGAGCUCUGUACCAAGCCGAUACCCCUCCUCAAGAGAGGCAUGAACCACUCCAUCACCAUGUCUCAGGAGCAGGUGGCAUGUCUGCUCGCCAACGCCUUCUUCUGCACCUUCCCCCGACGAAACUCCAGAAGGAAUGAAUACGGCAACUACCCGGACAUCAACUUCUUCAGGCUGUUUGAGGGGUCCUCGUCAAGGAAGAUUGAGAAACUGAAAACCCUGAUGUGCUAUUUCAAAAGUGUCACCGAACAAAAGCCUAGUGGACUUGUAACAUUCACACGAAAAGGAGUGGAUGAACGUAACUGGAGAAGCUCACAAACACAACUCACAAAGCUCCACAUUACUUGUGAAGGAACCAUUGAGGAUGAUGGUUAUGGAAUGCUUCAGGUGGAUUUUGCCAAUAAGUUUGUGGGAGGAGGAGUCACCAGUUCGGGUCUAGUUCAAGAGGAAAUCCGUUUUCUAAUCAAUCCUGAGCUCAUUGUUUCUCGCCUCUUCACUGAAGCCCUGGAUCAUAAUGAAUGCGUGAUCAUCACAGGUACACAGCAGUACAGUAGAUACACAGGCUAUUCUCAGACCUACCAGUGGAAUGGCAGCCACCAGGACACAACUCCAAGAGACAGUUGGCAGAGAAAAUGCACCGAGAUUGUGGCCAUCGACGCGCUGCAGUUCAAGAACUUUCUCGAACAGUUUAAACCAGAGAAAUUAAACCGGGAACUAAACAAGGCCUACUGUGGCUUUGCUCGAUCGGAACAGCAAAGCCAAAACCUUGCGGCAGUGGCUACGGGGAACUGGGGCUGUGGGGUUUUCGGAGGUGACGCGCGUCUGAAAGCGUUGCUCCAGAUGCUGGCAGCUGCUGAGGCGGGCCGAGAUGUGGCCUAUUUCACCUUUGGUGACAGCCAGCUCAUGACGGAUGUCCACAAGAUGCACUCUUUCCUAACUCAGAGGGAGAUCGGUGUCGGGGAGGUGUAUGAUCUCCUGAGGCAGUACGACAGCUCGGUGUGCAGGAGCUGCCUCAGUCGGCGCCCUGACGUCAGCCUCUACUCCUUCAUCUACCAACAGGUCAGCUCCUCCCUAGCGCCAGAUGACUAUGACAGGGGCUCGGCCAGACAUCACGUCCCUGCAGACUGCCGUUAAAGUCAGGUGGCUGAUGAGUCAGACUGCCGUAUUUUUAUAUGUUUUUUUUUAACCCAAGAAAACGACUUAAAACUUUCUCCAGCUGCCUUUUUUGGGGGGUGGAUAAACCGAAUGUGAUCUCCACCACUGGCAGCCGAAAAUGACAAUCUAGCGUGGAGAUCCUUUUCAAAAACAAAGGAAGUGCAAAGGGUGAUUAGUUACCAGCCCGUCUGGCGCCGUGUUCAUUUUGCUGCUGCUGUUAAUACGCCAAUGGAUCGAGCUUCAAUACGAAGCAAUUGUGAAUUUAAUGGUGAAGCAAAGGUCGCCAUCCAUCUUCUGGGUUUGUCGUGUUGCCUUUUUUCUUUUUACACCCACACAUAUUCAGCCUAAUUGAACUGGGUGUCAGAAAUCAAGUUCAAGGAACAUAAUAACAAGAACGGGGUUCGGAAAGCUUGGCUUUAUUUUUUAAACAUUUCUUUUUUUGAAGAGCAGCGUGUCUCUUCUUUUUUUUCUUCUUCUAUUCAUUCACAGCAAAAUUCUAGUUGCAAUCACAGUUCGUCAUGAUUUUCUUUUGAUUAUUUGCUGUAUGUGAUGCACUCUAAGGAACCCAGUUGCACUUAAAUUAUGUAUUUGAUUGGUUUGUUUCUGUAUUUAACUACUAAUAUCAAUGAUUAUUUGUUAUUUGACAGGAAUUUUUAAACGGCCUGAAUAAAAUCUGUUUAAAGUAAA